AUGGAGUCCCCUGUUCCAUUGGACUUCAGCAAUCAGGAGGACUUGCCUAUGCGCAGUUCUGAAGCCACGCGAGAACUUGCCCGCAAGCAGGGAGCUGUCAUGCCCCCUGACGAUGACAAGAUGCAUAGCCACUUCCAGCCGAGGUUCGUAACACAAGAUCCCCCUCCCGGAGCGCUUUUGUGUACGUACGGAGAUACACAAUCUAAGGUAGCUGAUAACACGGAUACGGCAUCUGGUAAAGAGGAAUCUGCUAAGUCCAUCGAGGCUGGCACAUCUAACGACAGGGUCACCUCUGGGAGUGACGAAGGUUCCGAAGAGUUGAGACUAAUCCGUGCGUCCGAAUCCUUUGACGCCCAGAUUGAACAAUACCGGCCGCCAUCACGCAUUGAGCAACCGGAUAGGUCAUUGCACUAUCGUCGCGGUGCGAACACCUCUUACCCACACCGUCGCCAAUUCGAGUCGUAUUCAAGCACUCACUCGGGCGCGAUGACCAAUUACCAAGGUGGAGGUCCACCUAACGAAGAUGAUUCUCAUCGCACUCAUCAUGAGAUCGCAAACCGCAUUAAGGCUCUGACUUUACUCCUUGGCCGUUCAGGAACUCCGUCGGACUCGUCUUACCACACUAGUCUCUUGAAUGAGAUCGGCCAGUUGGUGACUACGGCGAUUUGCAACUUGCGAUUCGAGCGUGACACCGCGCGAAAUGAACUCGACAGAGUACGACACCGAACACACCGUGACAAUGUUAGUCUUCGCACGGAAAUCCGACGUCUCCAGGAGGAGGUUAAGAAGGCAGAGAAUCGAGAGAAAGUGGUGCAAGCCAAUCUAGAUUUGGCGAAAGUGACCAGCGAUUGCAUCAAGGAAGACUACGAAAAAAUUACGAAGGCAGCCGAGCAUUUUCGAGACCAUCACCUAAGGGUCAGAGAGGAGCUGGCGAAGAGAGACGAAGCUAAGAUACUCCGGAUUGAGUCUCUGGAGGGAGAGGUCAAGCGUCUUCGAACCCGAAAUGCGCAGUUUGCGAAGGCCGCCGGCCUAGAGCCGGACCAUGACUCAACUCCGUCCGCUCCUGAUUCCCAGAAGGAAGAUGCAGAAGCUCGCCACGAUUUUCUUUACGGCAUGCUAAAGAAAAAGAGCGACGAGCAGGAAGACAAGCAAAGUAAGAAGCAUCAGAAGCGUGCUGAUAAGAGCGGCAGUAAGAAAUACGCGAGCUCGCCUGAGGAUGCCCCGAAGUCUUCGAUGUUCAAUCCAAAGGCGCCGGCCUUUCAGCCACCUCUGUCAUCGAAGAAUUUGGCGGCUGUGGGUGAUUCAGGCCCCGGCCAAAGCCCGACUGGUGGUCCGUCCAAUUGGCCUGCGGUCCGUUUCGACCUUCCAUCAGCGGGUGAUGAGAAGCGCCAGUAUGAAGGGUACAAUCCUAACAGAUCAGGUUGGUAUCUCGACGAUGUGGACAAGGAAAUCCAGCGCAUGACGUUGAUAGCGAAGGGUUACAUUGUCCGUUGCCAUAAAAAGGGAGAGCCUACCAACGUCUCGUACAAGAUGUUGUCACGCAAAGAAGAGACUACUUGGAAGUAUCUGACCAACCUGGUCUUCACCGACAACGUGUUCCAGGCAGAAAGCCGCUUGACCGAGCUCAUGGACAUCGAACAGCAUCGACCAUUCCUGGUUAUGCGAUGCCUUCAGGAUUAUCUGUUCCGCAACAUAGUCUCACCGUCCGUCUUCUUAGGCUUCGAUGAGAAGCUGGAUCGCCACUUGGCGGCAUUGCAGGAUAGGAUUGCACAGUUUGGCAAGCUUGACUAUCCGUGCAACCCACACGAUAGGCAAGCGGUGUUGAACGACCAUGCUAGGAUCAUCGAUGAGGCAUUGAAGAGCCCCGAUAUGGAGACAUUCAGGGCGAACACCAUCAACCGCCAUUCCCAGAUCCUGUCCGGCAUUCUUCAUCCGCUUCGUGGCGUGAAAGUGGCCGAAAAGGACGCCGAUGCGGGUAUUCGUGCUCUGAUCACUAUUAGUUGGGACAUGAGCUCUAAGAUCUGGACCUCGGGUAUGAUGUUGUCGUACUAUUUCCCGCCAUGCGGCUCCAGGUUCACCGAAAAUAACAUGAAAGCUAGGAAUCUGGCUGCUUUUGACUUAGAGGCCCAAAUCCAGCUGCAAUACAUGCAUGCACGAGUGGAACUCGCCAUGUCGCCGGUACUUUCCCUUCGCGACAAUCGCGAUGGUGAAAUCAAGGGUGCCUGUUUACUAAGCAAGGCGGAAGUCUUAGCCAUGAAAUAA